CUCAUGGCAUUCUCAAGAGCUAUUCCUUCAUCUUUGGUGCUUGUAUUUCUUCUCUUCAGCUUCUCAGAAGCUAGAGACAUUUUGGUUGGAAACAAGAACGAUGCAUGGAAGAUCCCAACUUCUGAUUCUGAAUCUCUGAACCGAUGGGCUGAAGCAUCUCGUUUCCAAAUAGACGAUUCGCUUGUUUGGAAACUCGAUUCCCAAAAGGAUUCGGUGUUGCAAGUGACUAAGAAGGACUAUAUGGCCUGCAACACAACAACACCAAUUGCUAAGUACAAGGAGGUGAACACCAAGGUAAAGCUAGACCGAUCUGGUCCUUUCUAUUUCAUUAGCGGAGCUAAGGGACACUGCGAGAAGGGCCAAAAGCUGAUCGUGGUUGUGUUGUCUGCGAAACGUGGCUACAUGGGUAUCUCUCCUGCACCCUCUCCAAUGGAAAAUGAAGGCCGUGCAAUGGCUCCCACUAGUAGUGGUUCUGGUUUGAAGGCUGGUUUGAUGGUAAUGAUGGGAUGUUUGUUUGGGAUAGUUUUGUUAUGAGGAGUGAACUGCA